UAACACAUGGGCGGCAAUGUUGGCAGCAUCGUUUACCGUUAGUCUUAAGACAAAUAGCUCUGCACCUCGUUUUUGAAGUAAUUGGUCAAGUUUUCUAUUUUAUCGGAAAAAGCCUUUCGAACUAAAAUGUUUCCCUUGUUUUGUAACAAUUGCUUUCGACGCCAAUCGCUCGAGCCGCACCUGAUAUUCUAUGUUUCAAGUUGCGCCCAUGUGCUUUGCGAAGAAUGUGUCCAGAAGUGUGCUCUUUGCAAAAAAGUCUACAAGCCCUAUGCCAUUAAUAAUGAAACGCCCUGGGAAAUAGCCGAAUAUUUUGAAACUCCCAAUAAGCACAGCCACAAAUAUUCAAAAAUCCUAAGGUUCCAAUAUAGCCAGCAACUACGGCUGGCCAAAUUUGAGGAAAUGCAACAUUUUGAGAAAAUGGAACAAGAUUUACUUGCAGAAACCUCUUCGAACGAAUCAAGCGGAAUGCAAGAUAUGCUGAAAGAACUAUUAAACAUUGACAAAAAUGAAGAGCAAGCAAGUGCACAAAUUAGACAAACAGGCGAAUCUAAUAAGCAUAUUUCUAGAGCAUCCAAGAUGGAGGAGCAGUCCAAGCCUAGUUAUCGAAGAAAUGGUCACCGGAAAAGCACCAGUAACUUUGCAGAUCUGGCACUACAUGAUUCAAGCUCUAAAUCAAAGAACCCUGUUUCAAUGGUGUCAAUGAUGGAGGAGGAGCAGCCCGAGACUGUUUGUAAACAUAAACGCCAAGAAACCGCCGAAAUGAGGAAACAGGAAUUGAACGCGUCUAUGGUAAAGCAAGAAAUUAGGCCUCGUUACGAAAAAGAUGUUCGUCGAGCAAAUAAUCCUUCAUCAUUUUCAUGUGGCUAUACUCCAUAUCAUCCCAAAUCUGUUUCCAAAUGCAGCACUUUAACUAGGGCCGAGGGAGUUAUGCCAGCAGAUCGAGGCCAUGGUCAGAAGGUUUUGCCGAGUUUUUUAGCCAGCCCGGACCGCAAAAAAAAGAAACUAACCAAUUUUUAA